UCAGGGUGGCUGAGGAAGCCGGCCGAAGAGGCAGAGUGAAAAGGCCAGGCCCCGGGUGGCGCUGCGCACGGUUUCCAUGGCGACGCCAGCUGCUGCCUGGCCCGGCUUGCUGGCUCCUUCCGCGGGGCCUCGGCUGCCUCCACCACAUGGUUACCCGGCUCGCUGAGGACGAAAGAUCUGACAGGUCGCCUUGGCCCGAGUUCCUUUUACUAGCCGUGUCAGGGUGGAGCCCCAUGUCCUGCACCAUAAGACAGGUCUCCCUGGGAGGGCAUCGGUUCGCAGCCACCCCUCGCUUUAAGGAAGAGCUAGGUGGUGGCCUCUGUGUGCUGUCAGAGACAGAAGGGCUUGGAGCUGGAGGGGCUGAGCCCCAGGCCUGUGGGGGACACCCACCCCUCUUCAUUCUGACAUUCCCUCCCUUGAGGCCCACCUGGGGAGCCAGAAGUGCCAGAACUGUAUGCAACUCGACCUCUGGGAGCUGCAGAGUGAGCCCACAGCUGUCCUCAGGUGGGUGGAGCCUGAAGAAAUUAAAAUGCUCCAAGUCCUUCCACUGCAAUACCCAGGGCCUCCAGUGCGUGGAGCCUCAGGAUUUAGAGGCUGGAAUAGGCCUUGGACGGAGACCUCUGCUGUCCCCAGGCUCACGGAUCACGACAUGUGUCUUCGAAGGGGGUGCUUCCGCUGGCCUGCAGGCCGGAGGACAGGGCCCCGACUCUGCUCCACCCGGGCGUCCUGCAUUUGCUUCCCCAGUCCCUAGUGUCGGUGGUGGAGAAAAUCCUCCCGCCCUCACCCUUCAUCGCGCCGGCUACACAGCGACACCUGGCUUGUUGUUGGGCCUCAGAAGUUUGAGAGCCACAGUUCCAGAGGACUGAGCUCACACGGCCGCUCGUGACUUUUGAGCGAGCCCCCUGCCACCCCUAAACUGAAGACUUGGCAAAAAGGCGUGCAUUUAAGCAGCUGUCCCCAGCUCUUCCCACGACGCACACCCAGGAUAAACCCAGUCCAACGCUGCUCUCUCCCCACGCCCACCUGCCCUGCGAGUACAGGCCCAAAGGGGUAGAACUCAAUCACGGGUGCAUGCAGAGCCAGGCCUGGCUUCCACUAGCAGAGGCAGGCACCCAGCUCUGCCUGCUGCCUGAUCCAGAAAAAGUCCAAGUGUUCGGAGGACGGUGUUGCUUCCUACCACACCGUCCGGUCCACUCAGCCCUGGAAUCCAGCCCCUCCCUUCUCCCCCCAAAACACAACCUGGGCUCCUUCUGUCAGGUGUGUCCUUGUUACAAAAUGAUCCUUGUAAGAAAAAAUGGAUGAAGACAUAGAAUAGAAAUCACACCUACUCCUGUUAUCCAGAGAUAGUCUCUGCUAAUAUUUUGAUUUUUUUUCUUGGAAAUCACACCUCUGUAUUUUAUUUUUUAACAACCCAUUUGCACAUGCUGUUUUGUAACCUGCUUCUUUUUUUUUUCCACUCCACUGUAUAUCUUGAACAUCUUUCCAGGUCAUUAAAUAUUCUUCUACCAAGAAAUGUCAAUGGCUGCUCAGUAUUCCAUAAAUAAACCAUUAUUUAUUUAA